AUGGUAUUUCUCAUUAAGAGUUUAUUUCGAACAGGGUUAUGUUGUCUCAAGGCAGAAAUAAUAAAAACAAAAUGUUUACUCAUAUAUGCAUUAUCAUUCUUAUGUUUGUAUUUACAUUUAACUAUGUCACGCUUAGCACAAUAUACAACCGAGAUUAUCACAUGGACAUAUAUUAAAAUGGCAAAUUUCUAUUAA